AGGGCAAGUCUUCCGCUAACUUAUGUCGAGGGCUUCCACGAUCUGGAAACUGUAAAAUCUAUGAAAUAUUCGCCGUUAGGAAAAACUGGUCUGAUGGUUAGCAAAUUGGGUUUUGGCGGAGCAACGCUUUGUAAUCUUUUUGGAACUUGUGACGAAGAAGAAGCUAUUCAAACAAUCCGACAGGCAAUUCGUCAAGGAAUUAAUUAUAUUGAUACGGCCUACUGGUACGGUCAAGGGCGCUCGGAAACAAUUAUUGGAAAGGCUUUAAAAGGAAUUCCACGUAAAGCUUAUUACAUCGCUACAAAAAUAGGCAGAUAUGAGCCCGACUUUCAAAAUAUGUUUGAUUUUACGGCAGAAAAAACACGGAAAUUCUUCAAUAUAGGACUCGAACGUCUUCAACUUGAUUACGUUGAUGUAAUACAAAUUCAUGACGCGGAUUAUGCACCUUCAGUGGACAUAAUAAUAAACGAAACUCUUCCUGAAUUAUCGCGCCAAUACAAGUAACUUUAGGAAAAGCGCGGCAUAUUGGAAUAACGGGAUAUACUUUGUCUUUUUUGAAAGAGUGUGUUAUGAAAAGUAACGUUAAUAUCGGUUGCAUACUAAAUUAUGCAAGACACACUCUUAUCGACCAAACAUUACUGGAGUAUAUUCCAUUUUUUAAGGAACAUAAUGUCGGAGUAAUUAAUGGUGCUACAAUAGCCAUGAGAUUACUAACUAACGCCGAUCCACCAGAAUGGAAUCCAGCAGAUGAUCAAAUUAAAAAAACAUGCCGCGAAGCUGCUGAUGAAUAUUGUAAAAAAAACGGUUCAGAUCUCGCGCGAUUAGCCAUUUGGUUUUCAAUGCAGGCAAAUCUUCCUCCAACUUACGUCGAGGGUUUCCAUGAUCUAGAGGCUGUAAAAUCGAUGAAAUAUUUACCGUUAGGAAAAACUGGUAUGAUGGUCAGUAAACUAUCUUUUGGCGGAGGCCCUCUUGGAUGUCAUUUUGGAACAUAUGACGAAGACGAAGCUAUUGAAACAAUCCGACAGGCAAUUCGUCAAGGAAUUAAUUAUAUUGAUACAGGUUAUUGGUACGGUCAAGGACACUCUGAAAUAACGAUCGGAAAAGCUUUAAAGGGAAUUCCGCGAAAAGCUUACUACAUUGCUACAAAAGUAGGAAGAUAUGAGUUAGACUAUCAAAAUAUGUUUGACUUUUCAAUUGAAAAAACACGAGAGAACUUAAAAAAGAGCCUUGAACGUCUUCAAGUGGAUUACGUUGAUGUGAUACAAGUCCAUGAUAUUGAAUUUGCGCCUUCAUUGGACAUCAUCAUAACGCAAACUCUGCCUGAACUGUCAAGACAAGUAGCUUCAGGAAAAGCCCGACACAUUGGAAUUACGGGGUACCCUAUAUCUGUUUUGAAAGAGUGUAUAUCCAAAAGUAAUAUUAGUAUUGAAUGUAUACUAACUUAUACAAGAUACACUCUUAUCGACCAAACAUUACUGGAGUAUAUUCCAUUUUUUAAGGAACAUAAUAUCGGAAUAAUUAACGCUGCCGCAGUGAGCAUGCGGCUCCUGACUAAUCAAAGCCCGCCAGAAUGGCAUCCAGCAGAUGAUAAAAUUAAGAAAACAUGCCGCGAAGCUGCUGAAUAUUGUAAAAAAAGCGGUUCAGAUCUCGCACGAUUAGCCAUUUGGUUUUCAAUGCAGUGUGAUGAUGUUGCUACUAAUCUUAUCGGAAUACAAAACAUGGAACAAUUGAAAGCUAAUAUUGACAUUGCUAAUAAUGAUAUCAGUGAUAAAGAACUACAAUUACUAGACAAUCUACAGAAAAACUUUUUUUCAAAGAUCAAAGGAUCACACUGGGAAGGAAAAGAAAUCAAAGCUUACCAGGCAGCUUUGGAUAAAUUAAAAAAAUAA